AUCUUCUGUGUUCUGUUCUGUCAGUUCGUUUCGUGCAGUGCCCAGGUUAGGUUAGUCGACGUUGUCGGUCGGUAAAAAUCCGUGUUUAGUUGUUUGUAGACCUUCCAUCUGUGUGAAACUGUUUUCAACAGCUCCUCCGGCCCCUUCAAGACUGAUUACAGUAAGUUUGACGACCAGAAUGAACGGGGUAAACGGCAUGAACGGCCACCACGAGAACGGCGAGCUUUCUAACGGCUCGAACAAGGGCGUGUGGACUAUCGGGCUCAUCAACUGCCAGUUCAAGUAUCUGACGGCGGAGACGUUCGGGUUCAAGACUUUUGAUCAAAACUCUCGUUUGGGCUCUGUAAUUAUAAACGCGAACGGUGCCUCCUUGAAGAAGAAGCAGAUCUGGACUCUGGAACCGGCCGGGGGGGAGGCUGCCGCCAUCUACCUCCGGUCCCACUUGGGCAAGUACCUAGCGGUAGACAGCUUCGGCAACGUGACGUGCGAGAGUGACGAGAAGGAACAGGGUGGCAAAUUCCUCAUCACCGUCCCCGACAACAGCAACCCUUCUGGCCGCUGGGCGCUCAAGAACAUCGCGAGAGGGUACUACCUGGGUGCCUCUGCUGACAAGCUGACCUGCACGGCCAAGACCCCUGGCAACGCGGAGUUCUGGCUGGUUCAUCUGGCCGCGAGACCACAGGUCAACCUGCGUUCCGUCGGACGCAAACGAUUCGCCCACCUCUCGGAGAACCUGGAUGAAAUCCACGUAGACGCCAACAUACCUUGGGGGGAAGACACCCUCUUCACCCUGGAGUUCAGGGUGGACGAUGGCGGCAAGUAUGCUCUUCACACCUGCAACAACAAGUACCUCUCAAGGGAAGGCAAGUUGGUGGACGAAUGUAACCCCAACUGUCUCUACUCUGCUGAGUACCACAGUGGACAGCUGGCUCUCAGAGACAUCUCCGGGGCCUAUCUUUCUCCUAUUGGCAGCAAGGCAGUGCUCAAAUCUCGGUCCAACUCUGUCACAAAGGAUGAACUUUUUACGCUUGAAGACUCUCUUCCACAGGCAUCUUUUGUGGCUGCCCUCAAUUCGAGAUACGUCUCCGUCAAACAGGGUAGUAACACGAAUGUUGUCGGUGGCCGAGGCUUCGGCAUCGGUAAGCCGGCGGAGGUCGAUACAAGCGGCCCAGGAGUGGAUGUGACAGCCAAUCAGGAUGAAAUUUCGGAUCACGAAACAUUCCAGCUGGAGUGGGAUUCUGCGACCAAGCGAUGGUACAUUCGGACAAUGCAAGACCGCUACUGGACACUGGAGAGUGGUGGAGGCAUCCAAGCUUCAGGAGACAAGAGGUCUUCCAAUGCCCUAUUUGAUCUGGUGUGGCAGGGAGAUGGCUCUGUCUGCUUCCGUGCAAACAACGGAAAACUGAUAGCUACCAAGCGCUCCGGACAUCUCUAUGCCAACUCUGAUGUUGUUGAUGACUCCAGCAAAUACUUCUUCUAUCUUGUCAACAGGCCAAUCCUUGUACUGAAGUGCGAACAAGGUUUUGUUGGAUUCAAGGCAGGCUCUAGUAUUCGUCUAGAGUGUAAUAGAGCCACAUACGAGACAAUUCAAGUAGAGAGAGGAGAAAAGGGUGUUGUCUAUUUCAAAGUUGGCUGUAAGAUUCCCAGAAUAAGGAGCAUUCAAGGAAGGAAAACAUUAGUUUGUCGGAAUGGAAAGUACUGGCACGUAGAUGGAGAAGGUGUCAAUGUGGAUUCUGAUGCUGCCGAAGGAUUCUUCCUUGAACUCCGAGAGCCAACACGGAUCUGUUUGAAGUCUGCCGGACCCAGUGGAUGCUAUCUCAGUGCAGGGAAGAACGGAGCGUUCCGUCUUACUGACACUGAUUGUGCAACUGCUACGAAAUGGGAAUAUUAGUUCUUGUAACUUACGACCUCAUUGUAUUGGAGGCAGAAUUGUUUUUUUGGAAACAUUUUUGACCCUAAUAAUGACUUUUUACAGAUCACUUUUAAUUCUUUAAGACAAACUCCAGACAAGGAUUUACGAUCAAAGCCGAAAAUGUUUUCAACCAAACUCUUUCAGCCUGACUCGCUUUUAUCCUAAAAGCAGAAAUGAAUAAGACCUGCUGAAUUUUCCUCCCUCAAAUAAAAUGCUUCGUGUAUUUAAAAGCACAAAAUGUGAAUUUUGUAGUAUAGAUAUUUGUGAUAUCUCUUUGGUUUGUCCUAACUUUACUGUCUAGCUUUAUGUCAAACCCCUUUCUCUACCACCUGUGGUAAGGCACUAACUUAUGAACUGCCAUAGAGCAUUUCCAACUGCCAACAAAUCAGGUAAACCCUAGCAAAUACCAUUUUUAAUCAUUUUUGACAAGGCUUUUUACGACUUACUACUGCCAAAAAAAGUAGUAACCAAUUUGACUUUUCUAAAACUUAAACAGGGAGCAUUUUUAUAAGGUUUUAUAUAUGAGCAAUACACAACAACUUGUCUAUCUUAUUUAAUAUUUAUACAUUUUUGUAAAUAAUUUUUUUUAGAUUUAGGUAUUUCCUACGUAUGAGUGUUGUAUUUUUGCUGAUAGAAUUGUCAAAAAAGACUGCAUUUUUUCUAAAUCAAAAAGAGGCAAUGGAUUUUGAUCAGAAAUAGGCUUUUUCAUACCACUGUGAUAAUUGGUUGUCUUUGAUGUUAGAAUAAGAUUUUCAAAAUUCUUUUCCCCUCCCCUCAAACUACUUUUGAUGUUCCUAUUUUUACAGUGUUUAGCAGGAGUGAAAAGGAACACUAGUCUCGAUUAAUUCGAACAGUACUAAAUUUAAGUUUUCAGCUGCAGAAACUUAAUGACUACUUUUGUUUCAUAUUUGAGGUCCUUAAAAAUAAAACUAAUAGCGUUGUGUAUACAGUAACCUUGCUGAAUUCCCUUACUAACUGUGUUUAGCUUUUUGAGGAAUGACUGUGUGAAUGUUUUUAUAAACAGUAACAAUAAACAAUUGUUAUAUCACAUUUCUCUCUUCUUUGUUCCUUUAGUUAGGUUAAGUUGUACUUAUUAUAUUUGGUUUAGGUUAUUUAAGUUAUUUAUAUACCAAAAAUAUUAUGCCACUUACUGGUCCUCUUCAUAUUAUUUAGCAAAUAUUAUUUUAUACAGAUCGUUUUAUUUUUGCUGUUGACGAUUUUCAAAGUUUUAAGUACAUGGAUGUUUUUGAAUGAACUAGUUUGUGCCUGUUGAAGUGAAGAAGGCAGAUGUUUGAAUGUUGAUAUCCAAUAUUUGUUGUUUCCCUUAUAAGCUCAGUGUUUAAGAGAGCAUCCAACUUUGUAAUUUAUACUCAAUAAAUAUGUAUAAAAAUAAAA